CCAGCAAGAUGCUUGAUUUUGAUACAAGCUAGGGUCAUUUGUAGAGAGGGGACAUCGAUUGCAAAAAUGCCUAUAUCACAUCGUCCUGAUUAAUGAUUGCUAUUGAGGGCCUAGCCAACCAUGGGCAGUGCCAAUCCACAGGUGAUCCUGGCCCGUAGAAGAAGAGUAGAGAGCUGAGCAAGCCAUGGAGAGCAAGUUAGUGAGCAGCACUCCUCUGUGCUCUCUGCUACAGUCAGUUCCUGUCUGCAGGUGGGAAUCUGCCGGGAAACGGGAAUUCCUGCCCUGACUCUGUAAGUCAAAGAAACUUUUCUCCCUGCGUUGAUUUUGGUUAGUGCUUUAUCCCAGCAACAGAGAACAAGCUAGGGCAAUAGACCAGGCGGGUCUCAAACUUACAGGGAUCGGUAUGUUCCUGCCUUCCAAGUGCUGGGAUUAAAGGCGUGUGCCACGACAUAGAGGAUACAGUAUGUGCUCUUAAACCACGAAGCCAUCUCUCCAGGAAACAAUCCCCCCAGCUGUGUGUGUUCGCACAGACGUGUGUGCAGGUCUGAAGACAACUUCAGGAGUCAGCUCUCUCCACUAUAAAAGUUGCCAGACAGCAGGCAUUGCCACAGCCGAGGCGUCUGCCCAGGCCCGGACACAUGCAGAUGCUCAGGUACAGACAGAGGCUCCCGAGGAGCCAGCAGCCAUGGCUCCUGUUUCCCAGUAUGACACCCUCAGGCUGGAAGCCUUUCUCCGGAGGGUGGAGGCCAUGGUCAUCCGGGAGCUGAACAACAACUGGCAGAGUCAUGCCUUCGAUGGCUAUGAGGUGAACUGGACUGAGCAGCAGCAGACGGUGUCCUGUCUGCAUACCCUGGUCUACCCCCUAGCCCAAGGGCAGGGUCUGCACGUGACCGGCAUUUCCUGGAACUCGACAGGCUCUGUGCUGGCCUGUGCCUAUGGUCGGCUAGAUGAUGGAGACUGGAGUACACUCAAGGCCUACGUGUGUACUUGGAACCUGGACCGCCAAGGCCUGAAUCCCCAGCAGCCAUCAGUAGUGGUGGAGGUGCCUAGUGCUGUCAUGUGCCUGGCCUUUCAUCCCACACAGCCCUCCCACAUUGCCGGGGGGCUGUAUAGUGGGGAAGUCCUGGUGUGGGACAUGAGCCGACCCGAGGACCCACUGCUUUGGCGUACAGGUCUGACAGAUGACACUCACACAGACCCAGUGUAUCAGGUGCUGUGGUUGCCUGAACCCCGGCAUAGCCACCGCUUCCAGGUACUGAGUGCGGCCACAGACGGCAAGGUGCUGCUCUGGAGAGGCAGUGGGGCUGGUCAGCUGCGGCUCGCCAAGGGCUUUGCCCUGGCUGUGCAGCAGCUGCCUCGGAGCACCAAGCUGAAGAAGCCACCCCGUGGAGAGACUGAGGUGGGGGUGACAUCAGUGGCCUUCUCCAGCUUUGACUCCAGCCUUUUCGUUUUGGGCACAGAAGGUGGCUUCCCCCUCAAGUGUUCCUUGGCGUCAGAGGCAGCUGCUCUCACUCGGAUGCCCAGCUCUGUGCCGCUGAGGGCCCCAGUGCAGUUCACCUUCUCUCCCCACGGUGGCCCCGUGUAUUCUGUGAGCUGUUCCCCCUUUCACAGGAAUCUCUUCCUGAGCGCUGGGACCGAUGGCCAUGUCCACCUGUACUCCAUGCUGCAGGCUCAGCCCCUUACCUCACUGCAGCUCUCUCACAAGUACCUGUUUGCUGUGCGCUGGUCCCCUGUGCGCCCCUUGGUUUUUGCUGCUGCUUCUGGGGAAGGUGAUGUACAACUGUUUGACCUCCAGAAAAGCUCACAGAAACCCACAGUUUCAAUAACACAAACCCAAGAUGGAAGUCCUGUCUACUGUCUCGAGUUUAACAGCCAGCAGACACAGCUCUUAGCCGCUGGUGAUGCUAAGGGCAUGGUCAAAGUGUGGCAGCUGAGCACAGCCUUCACAGAACAAGGACCCCGGGAGGCAGAGGACUUGGAUCAGCUAGCAGCAGAAAUCGCUACCUGAGAGCCCCAAGGAGCGUGGUCGUGGUGGUGGUGGUGGUAGCAUGCUUCAGGAUGGCUAUGUGCUAAACAAGCUAGAUAAAGAGGAGCAAAGCCUGUAGGGGG